AUGUCUAGCGCACUUCCUCCCGUCGAGCCAGCGAUAUCAGCCACCCAGCCGACAGACUCAUUCCAACUCCUGCCCGAAUCGCAGAAACAGGGCACAGCCGAGGACGAGAUAUUCGGCCAGCAAGUACAACAGGUCAAAGACUGGUGGGCGAGUCCCAGGUACAAGGGCAUCAAGAGGCCAUACAGCCCGGAAGAUGUCGUUAGCAAACGAGGAACCCUGCAGCAGGUGUACCCUUCCAACCUGAUGGCCCGGAAGCUAUUCAACCUGCUCGAGGAGAGGGCAAGUCAAGGGCAGCCAGUACACACUAUGGGUGCCAUAGAUCCAGUCCAGAUGACGCAGCAGGCGCCACACCAGGAGAUUCUGUAUGUCUCUGGGUGGGCUUGUUCCUCUGUUCUGACCACGACGAAUGAAGUGUCGCCUGACUUUGGCGACUAUCCAUACAAUACGGUACCGAACCAGGUCCAGCGACUGUUCAAAGCGCAGCAACUACACGACCGCAAGCACUUUGACCAGAGGAGAGCCAUGAGCGCGGAGCACCGUGCGAGCACGCCUUACGUGGACUACCUCCGACCUAUUGUCGCAGAUGGUGACACCGGCCACGGCGGUCUCAGUGCAGUCUUGAAGCUUGCGAAGCUGUUCGCGGAGAACGGAGCGGCUGCUGUGCAUUUCGAGGACCAACUACAUGGUGGCAAGAAGUGCGGACAUCUUGCUGGCAAGGUGCUAGUGCCGAUGGGCGAUCACGUCAAUCGCUUGGUCGCCGCGCGCUUUCAAUGGGACACCAUGGGCUCAGAGAACCUUGUCAUUGCUCGCACAGAUGCGGAAAGCGGCAAGCUUAUCAGCAGCGCAAUCGAUGCUCGCGACCACGAGUACAUUCUGGGUGUGACCGAGGAAGUCGAGCCACUAGCCGAAACGCUGCAAGUGAUGGAGAUGGAGGGCGCAACAGCCGAUGAGGUCAACAAAUUCGAGGCAAACUGGGUGAAGCAGCACAAGAUGGUGACUUUUGACCAAGCAGCCGAAGCGCACAUCAAGAGCGCCGGAAAGGACGCCUCAUCCUACUUAUCCGAGACCCAGAAGAACCGAAACAUGCCUCUGCACAAACGUCGAAAGCUGGCCGCCGAUGUCGCAGGCAGCCCAGUCACGUUCAGCUGGGACAUUCCUCGCACCCGAGAAGGCUUCUACCACUACAAGGCCGGCAUAGGCGCCGCGACGAAGCGCGCGAUCGAGUUUGCACCUUAUGCUGAUCUGCUCUGGCUCGAGACGGCCGAUCCGUCGGUCAAAGAGGCCGCCAGCUUCGCGAAAGAGAUUCACGAUGCUCACCCCAACAAGAAACUCGUAUACAACCUGUCACCAUCCUUCAACUGGUCCGCCCACGGCUUCUCGGAGGCAGAGUUGAAGAACUUCAUAUGGGAUCUUGGGAAGCAUGGCUUCGUGCUGCAGCUCAUCAGUCUAGCUGGCCUACACAGCACGGCGACCAUCACAAACGAAUUGGCGAAAGCCUACAAGACCGACGGCAUGAAGGCGUACGUCGACCUCGUGCAGAAGAGGGAGAAGGAGAAUGGAUGCGAUGUGCUGACGCACCAGAAAUGGAGCGGCGCCACCUACAUGGACGGCAUCAUCGGCGCGAUCCAAGCUGGCAGUUCUGGAAGCAAGUCAAUGGGCGAGGGAAAUACUGAAGGUCAAUUCUGA